UCUGUUCCAAGUUACUAAUCAGGCUAAAACACAUAGAGUUGAAGGAAGAGGCCAGGAGGAAAGGAGUUCCCGCUGCCGAUUGGCUCAGAGGAUCUGGCACUCAGAAGUCGACCAGAGAGAGCCUCACCAUGUCCACAGCUCCUUCUUUACCUGUGUGGAGGAAAAAUUUUAAGUGAAGGGCAGGAAACAAGAGACCAGAAAUGCUCUGCACUCGGAGAACUUCUGACCUGCGGCUGCUAUUGACUUUGAUUGUCUUCUUAGUGGUUGAAUGCAUAAGUGCAAGAGGUCAAAGUCUUAAUACAACAAGCAAUUCAUCGAUGCAGCAAACAGGCAAGGGCAAUUACAGUUCCGCUUCAGUAAAUGGUUCCUCUACGGACAAGAGGCAGAGAAAAUUAGAACUUCCUGCAGAAGCCAACACUUCUCUGUCCGUACCUGUGGAUACGAAGGCUGUGUUCGAUUGCCCUUCCAUCCUGUUGACUUCUGUGGUGGUAACAACGUGGCAAAUAAUCCUCAGAGACAAGCUGUCCUGCACCAGAGCGUACAGGAGAGAUAGAAAUGAGACCAAGGAAGGAAACUGUACCGACGAGAGAAUAACCUGGGCCUCCAGACCUGAUGAGAACCUCGCCCUUCAGAUUGAUCCAGUGGCCACCACUCAUGACGGGUUUUACAUGUGUCAAAUGGUAACACCUGAUGGGAAUUUCCAUCGUGGAUAUCACCUCCAAGUUUUAGUGCCCCCCGAGGUGACCCUGCUUCAAAGCAAGAAUGGAACCGCGGUGUGCAGGGCAGCUGCAGGGAAGCCGGCUGCACAGAUCUCCUGGACUCCAGAGGGAGACUGUGUCACCGAGCGAGAACAUUGGGCCAAUGGCACAGUGACCGUCCAGAGUACAUGCCGCUGGGAGGACCACCCUUUGUCUAAUGUGUCCUGCUCUGUCUCACAUGUGACUGGCAACAAGAGCCUGCCUUUAGAGCUGACACAAGGUGCCCAAACAACAGCAAACUUAAGUUUUCUCUAUAUCAUCCCCUGUAUUUUUAUUGUCUUUGUCAUCGGGGGAUCCAUUUGGCUUUUGAAAAACAGUGGCUGCAGAAAAUGUAAAUUGAAAAAAACAGAAGCUAAUCCAGGUGUUGAGGAGGAUGAAAUGCAGCCUUAUGCCAGCUACACAGAGAAGAACAAUCCACUCUAUGAUACUACAAACAAGGAGAGGUGUCGGAUGUUACAAAGUGAAGUUGAUGGAAUAGGUCUCGAUACUUUAUAAGUUGUUGGAGUCUAGCACCAGGACAAAUGAAUCAAGAAACAGUACAAUUACUGCUUUGACUUUCUUAGAGUUCUAGAAUGGAAGAUCUAUUUUGAAAUUAGGUUUUCAAAGAUUCUUAGAAGAAAAAGAAUAGAAGGAUUUGCAUUUACAUUCUUACACAAGUGAAAUUUUAGAAUCUUAGCUGCUACUAGCUUGUUCUCUGAAGAACUGAUACUAUUUACAAAGAAAUCAUUCUCAUGAUAAAAUAUUCAAAUUGUUCAGUAUAGUAGAUAAUGAAAACCAAAUUUCUUCAAGAAAUAACUCUGCAGAAGGAACAAUCAUCAAAAAUUUUUAUGUAUUCCUCCAGAAAAUUUCUAUGUGCAUAUGACAUAUCUGUAUGCCCAUGGUAUAUGUGUACAUUUAUAUGUCUAUUUACAUAUACAUACCCAUAUCCUUGUCGAGGCACAAAUGGGAAUAUGCCAUAGUGCUGUUGUGUAAUUCUAGAAAGCUAAUAUUAUAAUAUGUCUUGGAGAUCUUUUAUAUCAACACAAGCAGAGCUACCUCAUUCUUUUUAAUGGCUACACGAUAUUCCAUUGUAUAGUUAUGUCAUAAUUUAAUUAACCAAAACCCUAGUGAUGGACAUUUAGACUGUUUUAAGUUUUGCUUGUUUUGCUAUUAUAAACAAUACCACAUAGAGUGUUUCUUGUGUAUGCAUCUUUUUGUAUUUGUUUGAGUAUCUUCAUAGGAUAAUUUCCUUGAGUGAAAUCACUAGGUCAAAGAGUUUGUGCAUUUUUAUUAUUGAUGAACAUGUCAAAUUGUAUCAAUUUACAUUCCUUCCAAAUGUGUUUGCAUGUGCCUUUUCCUAUACUGUUAUUUUAAUAUAUGCAAGAUUACCACUUCUUGUUUCGAAUCAGUUAGCUAAUAUGAUAUUGGAUUAUGAUAACAAUUAUAUUAUUUAAUAAAAUUAGAUUUAUAUUUUUCUGUAAUGUUUGUGAGAGCGAGAGAACAAGUGUGAGGACAUUAGCAUUUUCUGAACUCAUUAUAUCUCUAUGGAGGUAUUGAUAACUAAUGCCUAACAGUUUUGUACAUAUGAUAAAUUGAAAAUGUGUAUUUUUGUGGUGUACGUUUUAUUGUGAUGUAUUUAUCAAAUAACAAACAUUUAUUGACUAUAUAAGCAGCUAAAUAUGCAUUACAGAGGUUUUGGGUAUCUGUAAAAUAUGACCUGUGUGCUAAGAGAAUGGCCAUGGGCAAUGGACUUGACCCUCUCCUGCAUUUUUCUGUGGAAUAAAAUAU